AUUUCGUAGUACGGAACACUGAAGCAACUCAAGGGGGGAUUCCUACCUGUCCGCUAGAAGUAAUCACCUGUUUUCGCCGUUAAUUGCAUGCAGUAUUCGGUCGGACGACUGUCUAAUUUGUCUUUAAAUUUCCAAAGGUAUCUUCCUUGCUUUUCAACGAUGGCAAAAUAAUUCAGGAAUUUACAGAAGGCCGACCACUUUUCAUCGCAUUAUCAAAGUACCAAAUCGAUUAAGCGUCAUAUAGUGAGGCCUCUGUUAAAAAAGUGUUACUCGGUUCGGAAAAUUGGUGAGAUGUUGCUUUUGAUUAGUUCGUCCUACUCAGAAUUAAUGAGAGGUCGAUUCAAUCGGAUCUUUCAAUGAAUACUUCGAUAGUUUUUUAUUACUAACUAGAGCGCACCAAAUCCAGAGGGAAUCUAGUGAAUGGAUGACUUAGACAAGGAAAUCGAAAACUUGAGUCACGAAGAUCUAUUAGAAAUUACUCAAAGCAUCCUCAAAAGAUUGAUAGCUGCAGAUUCUCUUUUGAAAGAUUUGCCUUUAGAUGUUACAACAGAUGAAGUGCUGUCGCAAAUUGCUGUAGAACAAGGACAGUCCAUAACUGUUACAAUUUUAAGAGGCUCAGACUCUCCGGUUGAUGUUGUCGUCGCUUGUACCAAUUGGAAAAGGGUUAUGAUGGUACUUACUGGUUCCUCAAACGUUACAAACCUCUUGGAAAUUCCUUCGAACGAGGCUCAUUCCGAAAAUUCUACACUGAGAUUAUCCCAGUUUCCCUUCAAAGAAGCUACGGAGUACCUGAAGACUUACACAACAUUCAUGAUGGUGAGACAUCCAAUGGAACGACUCCUGUCAGCUUUCAGAAACAAAUUCGAAGGGAAUUUAACAAGUUCCAAGUAUUUUCAGAGAAGGUAUGGAAGGCGUAUUAUAAAAAAGUACCGUCUUCUGGGGUCUAAAAAUUAUAGGAAGCAAGAACAAUCUAGGAGACCAUUGGGAUCGGACGUUACCCUCAACGAAUUCGUCCAGUACUUGAUCAACGAAGGUCUCAAAUCUAACGAACACUGGACGUCCAUCUACGAUCUUUGUCACCCGUGCAAGAUAAACUAUACCUUCAUCGGAAAAUACGAACACCUCACCGAAGAUACAGAGUCUAUUUUGAGCAUAAUAAAAGCUCCACCUGUGAAGUUCCCAAUGACCAAUUCGGCUCAUACCAAAUCCAAAGUCAGGGAGUAUUUCCAAAUGUUGCCGUUGAAAUACAUGCAUUCUCUCUACACUUUAUAUAGAAAUGACUUUUUGUUGUUCGAUUAUAAUCUGGAGUCAGUGUUGGGAUAUGAUUUUGGCUAAAUUUUUUCGAGAGGAUUCUGGGAAUGAAUCUUGAUGACGACCAACUGUGAUGACUAGUUGUAAUUAGUUUUAAUAAAGGCAAUUUAAGUAUUAACAUA